AUGUUUUGCUGCCUCUUGCAAACAGGUCCCGCUGACACAUGUAGUGAACUCACCGUUCACAAGCCCACGCGAGUCAUCAAUACCGCCGGGGUACGAGGAACACCCAAUGCCGACUGGUGUGAAGACCACAAGAUCGAAACCUUCCGAUCAAACGUUCUGGGUGCGCUCAACGUGGUCGACUGCUGUUACCAGCUGGGCAUCCACGUCACGCAAUUUGGAUCUGCUUGCAUCUACAACCUACCCGAGGAGGAAGUCCGAAGCCGUGCGCCAUUCGCAGAAACCGAAGAGCCUUUCUUCAAAGGCGCUUGGUAUCACCGCAGCCGCUUGCUCAGUGAGCAGACCAUUGGCCACUACCCCAACCUCCUUCUCCUCCGAAUGCGGAUUCCUCUGGCCGCAGACCUCCAUCGCAAUAACCAUAUCGCUAGGCUGCUGAAGUAUGAUAAAAUUUUGGACUUGACUGGUGUGAGUAUUUCCUUACAACCUUAUUGCGACAUGGAACACCGCUUAACUUCGAUGUAG